CUGAGAGGAGCUCAAUACAGCACUAAAACUUCCAGUACUUCAGACAAUCUCCUUCUGCAUUUUACUGAAGCUUUACAAUGUUUUUCAGGACAUUGGUUAUCCCGCUGGUCUUUGGAUUAGUGUCUGUCUCCAUUGCUGCACCAAUACAAGUUUCAACAGACAAUGAUGAGACUGGAUCACAGUUGGACAUCAUGGUUGUUCAUUUUAAUGGAGCUCAGCAUACUCAUGUGAAAGAAGAUCCAGAAGGAACUACAGAUCGCCCUGAUUCAUCAGAGAAACAUACAGGUUCAAGUGACACAACAGAUAAACCAGAAGUCGAUGGCCCCGCUGACACAUCAUCAGAAACAAACAAUGAGAAAAGCAAGGAUGAAUCCACUGACAGACCAGACUCCAAAGACACAACAGAUGGAGAUGCGUCAGAGCUAAAGAAAGAUGAUUCAGAUGAAAACACAGCCAAACCAUCAACAGAAGACAGCACAGAUGAUGAACAUGAUGCAGAUUCAAAGGAUAAGUCAACAGAGACAGAUGAAGCGGAGGAUAAAGACUCAGAGGGAGAUAGUGAUGAAAAGAAAGACUCAGACGCAUCUGAUGAUACAAGCGAAAGCUCACCAGAAAAAAAGGAAGAUUCACAUGACACGGAUUCAGAUGAAACAGAUGAACAUAACGACUCUGAUGAUUCAGACAAAGCAGAUAAAGACAAAGAUGAAAAGAAAGAAGAUGAAGACUCCAGCAAAGACAGUGACUCGGAUACCGAUGAGGACAAAGACUCCUCUGAUGAUUCCUCUCAUGAAGAUUCAGACGCAAAAGACACUGAAAGCACAGAGAAGAAAGACAAGGACACAGAGACCGAUGAAGACACCUCUGAGAAAGACACAGACAGCACAGAAAAGAAAGACAAGGACGCCGAUGAAGACACCUCCGAGAAAGACUCACACAGCACAGAGAAGAAAGACAAGGAUGCUGAUGAAGACACAUCAGAGAAAGACUCAGAGAGCGAGCAAGACACAAAAGAAUCUUCUGACACAUCAGAUGACAAAGAGAGCGAUGAAGACAAACAGACGAAAGACGAGGAUAAGGACAGCGAGAAGAAGGACACCAAAGACAAGCAUGAGACAAGUGACCACAGCAAUAAGGAUGAGGAUAAAGAAGAUGAGUCCAAACCAGACGAGCAGGACAAGGAAGAUGGCGCUUCAAACGAGGAUUCUGUGAGCAGUCAGUCAGAUGAGGAGAAGACAGAAGACAAAUCUGAUGAUGACGACUCCAGUCUGGACUCGGACAGCAAAGACAAAGAGCACGAGAACAACAGCACAGAGUCCGCAGAAAGUGACGGCAGUGACAGCAAGACUGAUAAAGACAGCUCAGAAACAGGAGAAGAAGAUUCCCCAGACAGCGCAUCACUAGAGACAAAGGAAGACUCAACUGUUGAUUCUCAUGGUGAUCAGGGCGGUGACUCUGUAGCAUCUACUGAGUCAACAGCAAAUGAUGAUGAUGACACUGAUGAUAAAAAGGAUGCUCCAACUAAAGCAGACGGUCAUUUUAAUGGCACAACACAAGGGCCGAAUCAUGACUUGAGUACCCCCUUGCCAAGAUCCUUACCAUCAGGACAAUACAAAAGAGAUUGAACAGAAUUUUCCUAGAGAGACGUAAAAGAAUCAUCGGAGAAGGUCAAGAAAUAAAAUGUCACCCCAUUGAUGCCCCCUCUUUCUCUUUGUCAUGUGGUGAAGGUUCCAGGGUUUAAAUAUAUUUUACUGAAUGUGACAGAUUUAAGAUAGGCAGUAGUACUAACUCAAGAGUCAUGCACUGUAAAAAUAUACAGCAGUUUUGUCAAAUCAACAUAUAUUAACUUAAAAAAUUAAGUUAAACAGUUUCAACUUGAUUUUAUAAGUUAUGUCAACUUUUCACAAGCCAAAACUUAAAAUUGUAAGUUGAAUUGACUUGCAAAACCAAGUUGAUUUAACUUCACGCUGCGUUUUUUUUUUUACAGUGUGGACCUCUUUUGUUUUCCAUGCGGUGUCUUGACAACGAGAUACUUUUUGUUUAUCUGAAAGACUGCAGCUGCUACAAUGAAAAUGAUUUAUUUGAAAUGUCACACAAUGAUGUUUAACCCACCCAAAAAAUGAUUUAAGACUGUACAGACAAUUUAUAAUAGACUCUUGAAAGAAUACUAAUAAACUAGCAAUGUAAUAGCAGAGAUUGUUUUGAAAAACUGAAACUGAAAAAAAUGUUGUAUAGAUUUAAAGUGGUUUAACAUGUACACAGGGAGCAAACUAAUAAAGGGUUGUCAGGUAAUCCGCGACCAUGACUUUUGGGUUAUUUUUUGUGUAAAUUUAAACAUGUGUAAAAAAACGGCACAUGAAGUUUCUUAUUUUCAACUGUUUCAAUUGUUUCUCUUGAACAAUGAGAUUAAAUAGAGAUGAAUUGCA